UUUUAACAUGAGAGGUCAUUGCCAUAGCAACGGUGACAACAAAUAUUUGAAGUUUUACAAAAAUGUUUCUUUAUUUAAGUAAAAAAAUAGCAAUUCCAAACAAUACAAAAAUCCACUCACUUGAUUGGAACAAGCAAGAUGGAUAUAUAGCAGUCGGCGGAGACAACGGACUUUUAAAAGUGUUAAAACUUGACUUAGGUAACGAAGCAACGAUAAAAAAUAGAAAAUUAACAACUACAAGUAAUCUCUCAAUGAAUCAAACGCUUGAGGGGCAUAGUGAUACUAUUAAAGUAUUAACUUGGAAUGAGCCACAUAAGAAACUUACAACAAGCGAUUCUAAUGGGGUUAUUAUAGUAUGGAUGCUUUAUAAGGGUGCUUGGUAUGAGGAAAUGAUAAAUAAUAGAAAAAAAUCGACAGUAGUAGGUAUGGCAUGGAGUAGUGAUGGCCAAAAAAUUUGUAUUAUUUACGAAGACGGAGCAGUAAUAGUAGGAUGUGUAGGAGGCAAUAGAAUUUGGGGCAAAGAACUAAAACAUACUCCACUCUGUGGAGUACAGUGGUCACCAGAUGGAAAACUUCUUUUGUUUGCUUUAAAAAAUGGGCAGUUACAUUUAUAUGAUAAUCAAGGGAAUUUUGUGAUGAGAUUAGCAGUUUUUUGUCAUGAUACAAAUUAUGAUCCAAUACCAAUUGUAGGCUUAGCUUGGUAUAACGGUUCCGGUGGCAUUAUGAAUUCUUCUUGUCCAUCUUUAGCUAUUUGUUUUGAAAAUGGAAAAGCCCAGUUAAUGAGGAAUGAAAGUGACACAUCUCCAAUAUCCCUAGAUACAAAAAUGUUUUCUGUGCAUUGUAGCUGGAAUCACAACGGAUCAUUACUAGCAAUUUCUGGAAAACAAUUCGCCAACGAGAAGGAGAUUAAUCUUGUUCAAUUUUAUAAUCCAUUUGGAGAACACUUGCGGACAUUGAAAGUUCCUGGAUCAUCAAUAUCAAGCUGUGUUUGGGAAGGCGGUUCUUUAAGAGUUGCACUAGCUGUGGACUCUUUUGUGUAUUUUGCCAAUAUUCGGCCCGAUUAUAAAUGGUGCUAUUUUAAGAAAACAGUCGUAUUUACGUCAUGUAGACCAGGAAGAACUGGAAUAUCUCUGACAUUUUGGGAUACUACAAAUAAUUUGUGUCAUACAAGAUGGUUAAGCACAGUACUAUCUAUAUCGUCUUGCGGAGACUACUGUGUUAUUGCUACUUUAUCAGAGACAGAUAUGAUUGGUAAAUAUGGUUUAUUGUUAUAUAAUACUUUAGGUACACCAGUUGAUGGAAAAUAUAUUAAUAUAGAACCAGUAGCCCUGGCUAUGAAUUCAUACCAGAUAUUUGCAGCUUCUAAAAGUAAUUUUAUUGUAUGGCACUACAAAACUCCUAAGUCCAUGAUGGUUGGUACAGCACGCUCAAAAAUGUUUCAUAUAGAUGAUAAUCCUUCUGGAGCAGUUGAAAUAUUGCAAGAUUUAGAUAAUUCCACUCAGAUACCUGUUAGCACUCACCAAACUGUAGACCCUAUCUGUUGUCUAGUUGUUACAGAUACGUGUCUGGCCAUAGGUAGAGAAUCAGGAUUAAUUCACUAUUACAUUUUACCCCACGUUGUACUCACUAAUCGUUACAAGAUUCCAAAUCGACCACACAAACUUGCAAUAAACUGCAAUUCAACGAGGUUGUCAGUAAUCGAUAUAUCUGGUAUUAUGACAGUGUUGGACAUAUCAGAAGGCCAUGGUAGGCCUUCCACAGGUCUGGAAGGCAAUAAACUGGAAAGAAAAGAUGUUUGGGCCAUGUGUUGGGCUUCGGAUAAUCCGCAACUUCUGGCGAUAAUGGAGAAGACGCGAAUGUAUAUAUUUAAAGGAAUUUAUCCUGAGGAACCAAUAGCUUGUUCAGGCUAUAUUUGUAGUUUUAAGGAUUUGGAAGUUGAAGCGGUAUUAUUGGACGAGAUAAUGGACAACCCAGAAAAGCCCAGUAAGGACUAUUUAAUAAAACUUGAAAUCAAAAGUCUUAGAGAUACUAGACAGUUGCUUGAAAAGGUUGGAAUAAACGAAGCCGCUCAAUUCGUAGAAGAUAACAGGCACCCGCGGUUAUGGAGACUCAUAGCCGAAGCAGCGCUAAAAGAAAAGAACCUUAACAUGGCCGAUGCUUGUUUUGUUAGAGCAAAAGAUUACGCUAACGUCCAGUUCGUCAAAAAACUUCGAGACAUAAAUAACGAGUCCAUUAAAAGUGCCCGAAUAUCGACUUAUUUUAAGAACUUUGACGAAGCCGAAAAAAUUUAUAUUGAAGCUGAUAGAAGCGACUUGGCUUUAAAUCUACGUCAAACCCUAGGAGAUUGGUUUAGGGUUAUUCAGAUAUUAAAAAAUGGCGUAACAGCUCCGGACUAUCUCUUAAAAACUGCAUACAACUCUACCGCCGAUUAUUUUUAUCACUUCAACAAUUGGGCUUCUGCAAUUGAAUAUUACGAAAUGGCUAAAAAUACUUCGAAAAUUAUUGACUGUUAUUAUCAUUUGGAAAACUGGAAAAGUUUAGAAUUAAUGAUAGAUCAGCUUGCUGAAGGUGAUAAUUUGUUAGAAAAGAUUGCAGAUAUGUUUGCCUCAAAUGCCGUCCACCAAGAAGCCAUCAAGGCUUACACUAAAGUGGGAAAAAUUAAAUCGGCCAUAGACUUGUGCAUUUUGAAUAACAGGUGGGACGCAGCCAUUGAUUUAGCUAAGAAAUAUAACAUUACAAAAAUAUCUGACUUGUUACUUAAAUAUACUAAUCACUUGAUUGGACAGAAUCAAGUUAUGACUGCUAUCGAAAUAAAUGUGCAAGCUAAGUUUUAUAUCCAGGCAGCAGAACAUGCAUUUAAACUGGCAGAAAGUGAAGUAAAAAAACCAAUAAAAAACUUGGUAGCGAUAAAAAAACAUUAUGUAUAUGCGGCGAGAUUAGUGGAAAUGUCUAAAACUUUACCCAAAGCAGUAGAUGGUGAAACAUUUGAUCCGAUGAUUUUUGAGAAUGCAUGGAAAGGAGCUGAAGCUUACCAUUAUUAUAUGUUAGCGCAAAAUCAGCUUUACCAAGGAAAAUUACACGACGCUCUUCGCAUUUCUUACAAACUGCAAGAAUAUGGCGAUUAUAUACCGGAAUGUGAAAUUUAUUCUCUUCUCUCACUUACUUCCUGUCUUGACAGAUCCUUUGCUAUUUGUUCCAAAGCUUUAAUGAGAUUAAAGUCGUUGGAUAAUAUCACUUCUGAAGAUAAGACUCAGUUUAGUAAAUUGGCUUGGGAUAUUUUCAGGCAAAAUGAACCCAUUAAUGUAAAAAUAAAAUCGGUUAAAUGCGACAAUUGCAAUAACAAUAUACAAGAUUGGAACACAGUAUGCCCUCAUUGCAAAAUACAUUUCCCUACAUGUGUGGCAACAGGUACGUCGAUAGUUGAAGGCCCAAUGUGGUUUUGCAAAAUCUGCAAGCACCCAGCACUUCAAAGGAAAAUGGAGUUUUUAAAUUCAUGUCCUCUUUGCCACACAAAAAUCGACAGGCAAUAAUAUUAUUAAAGUAAAAAAUAAAGUAUUUAUUUGUUCAUAUUUAAA